UAAUGAGUGCAGAUUAUCGCCUUGUAAUAACGGAGGAAAUUGCUACAAUACAGAUGGUUCCUUUAGAUGUUCAUGUACAUCAGGAUGGACAGGAGGAGUGUGUGAAAACGAUAUAGAUGAAUGUUCUACACUGUCGUCUGCUUGUCACCAUGGAGGUCAAUGUACCAAUACAGUAGGAUCGUUUACGUGCGCAUGCUCGGCAGGAUGGACAGGACCGACAUGCAAUCAGGACGUCAAUGAAUGCACAUCUAACCCAUGUAUGCAUGCUGGAACUUGUACAAAUACAAUAGGGUCAUAUAAAUGUAGCUGUAGCCCAGGUUGGUUAGGAGACAUCUGCAAUCAAGAUGUGGAUGAGUGUAGUGAUAACCCUGCUCCUUGUCAACAUGGCGGGAGCUGUACAAAUAAUGUCGGUUCCUUCACUUGUCACUGUCCGUAUGGUUGGAGGGGUAAUACUUGCAACGAAGAUGUUGAUGAAUGUUCCAUCCACACGCCUUGCAUUAUGGGAAAGUGUAUAAACACGGCAGGUUCCUAUCACUGCCAUUGUAACACGGGCUUUACCUCAACCCAUUGUAACAAAGAUAUUGAUGAAUGCUUUCAGCAUCCUUGCAAACAUAACGGUGUUUGUGUCAAUACGAUAUCAUCCUUCAUGUGUAAAUGUGAGAGUCCUUGGGUUGGAAAUACUUGUGAUAUAGAUUCAAAUCUACUUGGGUGAUGGGCAGACAAGUACAGCAAACUGAAUUUUGAAGAAGGUCUAUGAAUGCAUUUGUAGUUGAUAUUUAUAAAUAGA